AUGACGGUACAUUCGUCAUUCGUGGAGAGAAGAUUUCUUUGGUUUUGUUACCAAGGGUUUUGUUUUGUUUUGCACCCAACUGUCGUCCAUCUUGUCGAUUCUCACGGGAUCCCGCCUCCUCGUUUGGCCAUUAUUCGCCUUCGCCCUCUGCGCCAAAAACCCAUCAGUAUCAUCAACUGCUACUCACCAACAUCAGCAGCCGACGAAUCCGAAUUGGAAGAGGAACUGGAGAAAGUGAUCCGCAACAAAAAGUCCUACAAAUUAGUUGUCGGAGAUUUCAAUGCAAAACCAGGAGAGGCUACAAAGGGAGAGGAAGAUUUGGUUUUUUUUUUAAAUGAAAAUGGCAAUGAUCUCUCCGGGUUGUUGUCCGCCGCCUUCAUGGGAACUCUUUUUUCACGAAGAAAGAUCAUCGUCGCUGGACAAGGAAAUAGCCCAAAGGCGCAACUUGUGAGGAGAUCGACCACAUACUCAGCAACAGGAGGUGGUGUCUACUCGACGUCUCGUGAAAAAGAACAUCUGCUAUCGGCACGAAGGAGAAAAGAAGUCGUCUACGACAAUUGCGUGCUCGAGGACUCCUUGUCCCAAGGUGACUGGUACAUUGAGGAGAACCCAAACGUGGACUACGAGAUGCUGCUCAGGGGACUACGAGCCUCUGCUGAACGUGCAUCGAAGCCGCGUACGACAAACGUGGAUCAAAGUUCGAAGACCACCAAGGAAUUGUUGGAAAGAAAAAGGACUUUGAGGCUUGAUCCGAAUGAAUCUCUCUUCGAAAGUGCGAGUCGCUAUCAAGAGCAUGAAACCUAG